CGACUUCCCUCCCCCCCGUAAACUUCGCUGAGUUUAGCCACACGGCAAAUAUGUGACAGUCCUACACUGAGGACACAAAGAGGAACAACAUCCAACUACCAGCAGGUGCUCAGAAUGGCUCAGCAGCUGAAUAAUGAAGAAGGGACCACGUUAGUUUCCACACACAAAGCUGCUGUGGAGCCAAGAUGUUCAAUGAUAUCUGCGUCUUUCAAUUUCAUCAAUUCCAUCAUAGGAUCAGGAAUAAUAGGUUUACCAUAUGCAUUGAACCAGGCAGGGCUCCCCUUUGGCCUUCUGCUGUUGAUAGUGGUUGGGUUCAUCACAGACUACUCCAUAAUCUUACUGAUUAAAGGAGGCAACCUGUCAGGGACAAACAGUUAUCAGUCGCUGGUGCAAAGCACAUUUGGGUUCCCUGGAUUUCUGAUUUUAUCUGGACUGCAGUUCCUUUAUCCUUUCAUUGCUAUGAUUAGCUACAACAUCACAACUGGUGACACACUGACCAAAGUAUUUCAGAGGAUAUCAGGAGUUGGUCCAGAUCACAUACUUGCAGAGCGUCACUUUGUGAUCCUGCUAUCGACCCUUGUGUUCACUCUGCCGCUCUCGCUUUAUCGAAACAUAGAGAAACUUGGAAAGGUGUCCUUCCUGUCAAUGGUGCUGACAUUUACCAUCCUCAUCAUUGUAAUCAUCAGAGCAGCUACCUUUGGACCCCAAAUCCUCCCUACAGAGAAUGCAUGGGCAUUUGCAAAGUGGAAUGCAAUUCAGGCAGUUGGUGUGAUGUCUUUUGCUUUUAUAUGCCACCACAACAGCUUUCUUAUCUAUGGUUCUCUGGAGCAGCCCACACUCACUAACUGGUCCCGGGUCACCCACGUGUCAGUCGGCUCUGCACUAAUAAUCAGUGCUGCCUUUGCUGUCGCUGGCUAUACCACCUUCACUGGCUACACACAAGGAGACAUAUUUGAGAACUACUGCAGAAAUGAUAACCUGGCAACAUUUGGUCGCUUCUGUUUUGGCCUCAGCAUAAUAACCACAUUUCCACUGGAGUGUUUUGUUACACGAGAGGUGUUAUCCAAUGUCAUUUGCAGUAGGGAUCUUUCAAAAGCUGAACAUGUGGCCAUAACAAUACUCAUAGUUGCUGUUUGCACAUCAGUAUCUUUGGCCUAUGACUGUCUGGGAGUUGUUUUGGAGCUGAAUGGUGUUUUGAGCGCCACACCUCUGAUCUUCAUCAUUCCAUCUGCAUGCUUUCUCAAACUCUCCCCCGGCCGCUGGUUCCAGGGUGAAAACUUGAUACCCACCAUCCUGAUAUUUAUCGGCUUGUUUGUCAUGAUCACCGGUUUGACAAUGACGGGUCUCUACCCUCAAGACUGUUCACACGGUGUGGAGAUGUUCUACUGUGCAGACACCAAUGUCACUGGCACUGUACCUCCUGUAUGAGAUCCAACAAAUAUUUAAUUCCUUAACCUUUUUUCUUUAGAAACAACACUUACAUGGAAAGAAUAUGUAUGUGGACACCCCUGUCUUCAUACCUUCUAUGUACUUGAUGCGGUGCUCUUUUUUAUGGUUUGGGCUGUAGUCCUGUAGUUUGUAGUAGUAGCAGUAGUUUGAUAUGGGAGAACUUGACCAGCCUUGCACAGUGCCCUUACUUCAAUCCUGUCAACGACACCUUUGAGAUAAACUGCACGUUGACUAUAAACCAGGCCUUAUUGCCCAAGGUCAUUAAUGUUCUUGAGGCAAAACAGGAGCAAACUGCUGCAGUCAGAUUUCAAAGUGUGAAACAAGAUGUACAACAAUCACAUUGUUAAAUGGUAGCUUCUGUAUUUUUCAGUCCACGUUCCCAUGUUUCUGUGUUUAAUGGGAUCACUAAUCACUAAUGGGAACAUUUUUUGAAAUUAAUCCACUAUUGAGCAAGAGGGCUACAGCCAGGCAACAAUGCAAUGCUAAUGGGCAAUUGAGCACCAUCAGUGUACGUCCACUUAAAGUCCUUGUUUUUGCAACUGACAGGCUCAGAUUGUUAUUAUAAGUGUCUGACAACAUCAUGGAAAGGACCGUACAAAGAUAAACCUUUUGCUUAAGAGUGAGAUCCUUUACAAAGAGCCUAAACAUCGCUAUGGCCAAACUCACCAGACUCCAUUCAAAUAAACAGUUGAUGUAUCAUUGUAAAACACGCUUUCUUCAAAGUUGACAGACACAAAAUAAAGCUCACAUAAACUGCCGUGGUUCAUCUUUCCACUGCUCCAACAAUCACCAACUCUGGUUUGGUUGAAAUAAACCCUAAAUUUACCCAGUUAGAUGUAAAGAAUAUACUGGCUCUAUACAUGCUAAAAUGACAUAUAUUAAAAUGGAGUCUGGUGGGUAAUAGCAAUAGCAAUUGUGGGGCAGUUUCUGGUUAAACAAAAAGGACCUUACUCUUUAACAGACAGAUCUAUCUCUGUAGGGUCCUUUCCAUAAUGUUCUCAGACACUUAAAAUAUUAUUCUCAGCAUGUCAGGGACAAAACAAGAACUUUAAAUGGACAUACAAAAACCCAACAACAUGGGAAAAUAAGGUCCAGGUUGAAAAAUACUGAAGUUACCCUUUACGUUGUACAUUUACGCUGUGAUUUUCCCAUCUGUCAUAUUGUAAUACCACUUGGUCCUGAGCAGGAAAGAAUAUUCUAAGGCCUGUACACAGUUUAUGCAAAGGACCUCUCAAAAUCUCAGACAAAAGCCUGCGAGGUAUCACCACUGUCACAUAAUUACAAAGCACAACCCUCUGACCUUUGAUAAUUGCGUCUAUCUUGCAGACUCCUGCAUACUGUACAAAAUUACCCACAAUCUCGCUCCUCCUACACUGACAGGGUGAUUCACUCGGCUCAGAUAACCUCAGGCUAACAAGAGCAUCUACCAGAGGCAGCUGGGUAAUACAGCAAAGGUCCACAGUGAAUUUAACCGGUCAGCUUUCACCAUUAGAGCUGCAGACUAUUGGGCCACAACACCAAGCACCAUCAGACAGCUAGACAGUAUUUGGGACUCUCUGUAUUUUUAAACCACAGUUUAGCUCAUGGCUAAAACAUAACUAAUCGUGAAUAUUCUGUUUCUCUUUUUUAUGAUGUGAUGUUUUUACAUGGAAAGUGUUUUUGUAUGAUGCAGUGUUUAUUCUCUGUAUCCCUGCUGCAUUUAUAACAUUUU